UCUGACUCGUGUACGUAUUUUUCCAGUCAAAUUUUGACAUUAGAUCCUAUUCUUGUUCUAUAAAUACCCCAUUUGUUUCUCUCAAACCAUAACAAACCAUCUGAUAUCCACAUACACGGAGAGCUUUACCUCUAUUUAUACACACAUUCAUUCAAGUUCAUUUUUAGAAAUAAGUGAGACAUGGAGUUGCUUUGGUUUUUUAAAGAUGUGGGAUUAGCCUUAGCUAUUCUAGUGUUUUUGGGAGUGAUUAAGAUCGUUUACAGGCUCUGGAUAUUGCCAAAUAUGGCUUACCAGAAGCUCACGAGGAGUGGGUUAAGUGGCCCGUCUCCGAGUUUUCCUCUGGGAAACAUUGAUGAUAUGGUGAAAUCAAAGACGAAGAGGAUUCAGAGCGAUUCCUCUUCGUCUUUGUUGGGCAUCAUCUCCCAUGACAUCCAUUCGAAAGUUUUUCCUUAUUUUGCUCAGUGGCAAGAGUCUCAUGGCAAAGUAUUUACCUAUUGGUUAGGGACAGAACCAUUUCUCUACAUUGCCGAUCCCGCGUUUCUGAAGAAGAUGUCUUUAGGUGUUUUGGGCAAGAGUUGGGGAAAACCGAGUGUUUUUAGAAAUGACCGAAAACCCAUGUUUGGAAACGGCUUAGUCAUGGUGGAAGGUGAUGACUGGGUUCGUCAUCGACAUGUUAUAACUCCGGCAUUCUCUCCGGCCAACCUCAAGGCCAUGGGAAGCCUAAUGAUUGAGACGACAAAUGAAAUGCUAGACAGAUGGACGUCCCUGAUACACUCCGGCCAUCAAGAAAUCGACGUCGAGCGAGAGAUCAUCAGCACUGCCGGCGAAAUCAUAGCCAAGACGAGCUUCGGCAUGAGCUACGAAAACGGCAAAAAGGUAUUGGAAAAAUUAAGGGCCAUGCAACAAACUCUAUUCAACUCCAAUCGUUACGUUGGAGUCCCAUUCAGCAAGUUCAUGUACCCUAAACAAUACCUCGAAGCCAAAAGGCUCGGAAACGAAAUCGAUGUCCUUCUUCUCUCAAUCAUCAACGACAGAAUCAAAUCAAAAGACACCGAGAGUGGCGCUCAGAAGAAUUUGCUGGGCCUAAUGCUGGCUGAUAAUUGCGUGGAUGGUCGGCUAGUGAAUUCUUUAACAACAAGGGAGCUGGUGGAUGAGUGCAAAACCUUCUUUUUCGGAGGCCACGAAACGACAGCAUUGACACUGUCAUGGACAUUGCUUCUCUUGGCCAUGCAUCCGGAGUGGCAAAACCAACUCAGAGAAGAGAUCAGACAGGUUGUCGGAGACGAAGUUGUGGAUGCCACCAAGCUUGCCGGACUAAAGAAGAUGGGAUGGGUGAUGAGUGAAGUUCUGAGGUUAUAUCCAUCAGCACCGAACGUCCAAAGACAGGCAAAAGAUGAUAUUCGAGUGGACGAGGUGACGAUCCCGAAAGGCACAAAUAUGUGGAUCGACGUGGUGGCCAUGAACCAUGACCCCGGCCUCUGGGGCGACACGGUCCAUGACUUCAGGCCGGAGAGGUUCGAGGCCGACAUGCAUGGAGGGUGCAACCAGAAGAUGGGUUAUGUGCCUUUUGGUUUCGGAGGAAGAAUGUGUGUUGGUAGAAACUUGGCCACCAUGGAGUACAAGAUUGUUUUAGCCCUAAUUUUAACUAGGUUUUCUUUCUCUUUGUCACCUUCGUAUUGUCAUUCGCCUGCUAUUAUGCUCUCCCUCAGGCCAACUCAAGGGAUGCAAUUAAUAGUUAAACCUCUCGAGAAGUAGCUGCGAAGAUAGAUAUAUGUUAGAUUGAUUGUAUAUGUAAGUCUGAGUUAUGCUGUGAACUACAAAUAUAUUUUUAUUAAUUUGUAAUAUAUGUGUAAUAUUAUAAUUGGAAGGAAUUACAUA